AAGGACAACGAAGUCCAGAAAAUCCCAAGGCUGAGCUUCACUCAAAUUCUUCCCCUGAAGAGAGGGCUUUUGGAAAUUUCCAGCACAAGGUGAGUAUGAGAAGAAAAGAUGAUAAGAAUCAAUCAUAUGAUCAAAGGCACCCGAAUCAAUAAUCCACGGAGUUUUGUGCCGAGAGGUGGUAUUUAAGGCUUUCAAAAAAUUACCUCUGUGUGCUAAAGAACCAGACGAGACACUUGUGGAGGACUGACCCGAAGCAUGAAGGGUAGAAAUCAUUUUAUAAAGUUGCUCCAACUGUUCAGCGUUAAAUGCACUGCUUGGAGUGGGAUUUUGGCUCUUUUCUCCUUGAGGUUGCUCAAUUUGAUGAUCAACAGCAACUUGGUUUUCGGCAAUGCUCACACCAAGGACGUCCCUUCUGUUGUCUUGAACCUGAUCCAGCAAGAGUGCCCCGAGACACCAAGGCAGACAUUUCAGGUCCAGUAUGUCCAGCAGAGACAAUCUCUUUCAGCAUUACCUUACGCCUAUUUUCUUCUCGCCUCACCUCUGAGAAGACUUCGCGUGUUGAAGGUAGGGGACGUUGGCCAAGAAUUCUUCCGCGAACAUCAUCCAGGUCUCGAUUAAGACCUGCAAGAAAUUCAAAAACUCUUUCAUUUUCGAGUCGCUUCUUGUAUCGCACACUAUCACCAGUGCACUCCCAUUCUUCAAAACUCAGAUCGAGUUCUUGCCAAAGGGUUGUCAUCUCCAUGUAAUAAUCCCUGACCUCCCUCUCCCCUUGCUUCAUUUGCCAUAGCAAAUUCUUAAUCUCAAAUAUGUGAGAGGAGUUUUCAACAUCAGAAUA